AUGUCGGUGAACGAGAAGCGCCAUUCCCAAAAUACACCAACCCCUCCAGCUGCGAGCUCCGAGUCGGACCACGAAGCGCUUGACCGACGCCUACAGCGCUUAUCCGACGAGGUCCUUUCCCCGGUUCCUUAUAUUCUCACCCUCCCCUCAAAAGCGCCAUUCCACCUGGGGAGCCGAGCUACGGGUAAUUGGGCCGUAGGGCAUGACAGGCCCUUCAGUGUGGAGGAGCAGCAACUUCAGUAUAUGACCUUUUUGAACCACCACGACUCCGACUCAUUGCUUGUAGCUGUUGGAGACUGGGCGGAUGAAACGGGGCGCAUGAUGGCCGAUCGAUCGACUGACCCGAACACCACCGAAAGCUCGAGAGAUACCGGGGCCAAAAAGAAGAUCAGCCUGAAGGACUAUAAGGUGCAGAAGACGAGCGGUGCGGCCCCAUCCCCUAUGGGCUCUGACGUGGGUAGUCGAGGUGCAACAGGCUCGACCAAACCCGAAGUCAAACGACAGACAACUUCCUCAGACCCUCCAAACGUGACCAAGCCUGAAAAUCCACAGCUACCAUCAAAGUCGCACAUGCGCCGUUCUCCCAGUCGAUCAGGACAAAAACGUCCACCCGGUUCGGAGCGCGAAUCCCUCAACCCGAAAGGGACUAAGGACCCCGAUGCACACUCGCCAAAGAAACCACGACUGUCACCUGAAAAAGAUACGCGCCGAGAUCCCAGUCCUUCCAAAUCACGCUCCCCCAAACUCCCUGCUCUUCUUUCACCUACUCUUCCACCAACACCAACUGGCGCCCGACUUCCGCGACUCUUAUCACCGACCUUACCACCAGAUAUUGAAAAGGAAUUGGCCAGCCUGGGUGACGGUUCGCCGCCUCGGAGCAGUAGACCAAACGUUGCAGUGAAGGCACUGCCGGCCAAAGAUUCCAGCCAGUUGGAAAAGUCAAGAGAGAGCACCCGCGCCGAUCAUUCGAAGCCACGACUCAUCGCCAAAUUGCGCUAUGGAAGGGCGAAUCGGAAGCGCGUCGAAGCGCUUCUGAAGUUUAAUGGCAAAAGGAAAAGCCAGCGUCCAAAUUCUCCGAUCAGCCCGGACACUGAUCAUGAUGAGUCUUCCAAGAAGAGGGGAACCGACGGGCCAUCUCGCGUUGGAGGCGCAAAAAGCAAAAAGCACGAGACAGAAGAACCAUUGGCUCGGGAUGGGCGCGCCAAAGGCCAGAAAGGCUCCGUGGAAAAGCCCCGGACACCAGUUCCUCAACCAUCUGCGCUUCAUUCGGUUGCCCAUGAGAAAACAAAGACAGCUAUCACCCCGAUCAGAGACUCCAAACCGCCACGUCGAAAUGAUCCCCCAGAGAGCGAGAGCAAAGCCCCAUCCCAUCCAGCUAAUAAGCGUCAUUCUGUUGACCCUGGGUCAACUGCGAGAGCCUCACCAACACAGACAGAUAGUCGCACGCGCCACGAACGUCAGGUUUGGACCGAUGAAUGGCAGAAGUUCACGGGAUUAGGACGUGAAUUGAAGCACGCUGCGGAACGAUAUACUCAUAAGAACGGGGCCUCGGCUACUGACGAGAAGCUGGCUGCAGUCACUGCGGUUGAAGCCUUGUUGUCCUUCAUCAUAGCCUUCGUGGCCCAUGAUCAGUCUCGGAUUUUAAAACGCCAGACUGGGGAUUCUUCAACCUGGUUAUCUAUUUUGCCAUAUUGGCGUGCGGUCAAGAAGAACACUGCCCAAUUUCCGGCCUUGAAUCACAUCUGCUUGCUUCUUGGUGCUGUCUCUUUUGGUGCAAUUCAUGCUCUUGACCUUGAACGUCUCGCAGUGAUGCCAAUUCCUGGGGAGAAUCCUGCGAUACCCACCCCUGCAAGCGACGGUAAUGCCGCGCCAGAUGAGAAGAAGCUCAGGAAGGAUCUCUCAGAUCUGAAGGGCCGGCUGCUGGACAGCUACAAAGAUUCCCAGAGGUUAUGGUUAGAGGGAACUCGAGGCCUUUCCGAAGAUGUCCUUGAGCGUGAUUUCCCUACGAGUUGGUCUCAACGAUCUCGAAAGUUCUCAGAACGAGGUCGACCGUCUCUCAAAGCUGGUGACUAUUCCGGUGGCUAUUUCUUACCGUUCAGUAGCCUUACUCCACCGAUUGAAGUAGUUCGGUUCAGCUGGUCUUUCUUGAAGGAGUGGUGCUCACAGGAACGCGUUGAGUGGAAUGGCCGUCUGGGUCUCUAG